GUUGGCGAGCAGAGGCUUCGCGAGAGUGGCCGCUCUGUGUCGUGCGGCAAAGCCGAGCGAAAGUUGCUCGGCUGCGCCGAUCUUGUGAGGGUAGGGUAGGCCGCGCAUCGUCCGGGCCGUAGUCGCUGACAGGCAGCACUCCCGCUUCGCGAUGCCUCUCGGCAAGAGCUUCCGCAUCUACCACAAGGUGCGGCCGCCGAACCCUUACAGCGUCCUUCUUGAACAGCGGUCCAAGAACGAAACCCUCCUCUUCGAAUCCAGGGCCAUCGCAGUGCUGUCUCAACAGGAAACAGACACAGUAAAAAAAGAAUACACAAUGCUUCUUGAUGCCCACGGCUGUCUAGGAGUGCUGCAGCUUACUGCAGGUGACACAGUGGUCCAGUUUCUGGUGCUAGUGACGGGCUGUCAGUCGGUGGGCAAGCUGGGUGCCUCGGAGGUGUUCCGCAUCACAGACACCCUCUUUGUGGCCUUGCGCAACAAUGCCCAAGACCUGGAGAAGGUUCAGGAUGUGCGCAAGGUCCUCAAUGCGGGCACGUUCUUCUUUGCAUGGACACCGUCCACUGCGGAGGCGGCUCUUGACCUCACCCUGUGCGCCCAGCGUGCAGUCAUGACCAGCGAGACGGAUAACCGCUUUUUUUGGAAUCGCACCCUGCACAUUCCUCUGCUCCGCUAUGGUGUGGACUGCAACAAGUGGCUGCUCAAGGCGGUCUGCGGAGGCGUGGAGAUGCGCACCCUCUACCUGGGCCACCAGCAAGCCAAGGCCUGCCUCAUCUCGCGGCUCAGCUGCGAGCGGGCGGGCACCCGCUUCAACGUCCGCGGCACCAAUGACGAUGGCCACGUCGCCAACUUUGUAGAGACUGAACAGGUAAUCUACUUGGAAGACCAGAUAACAUCAUAUGUCCAGACAAGGGGCUCUGUGCCACUUUUUUGGGAACAACCUGGUGUUCAGGUUGGUUCUCACAGAGUCAAGAUGUCUAGAGGCAGUGAGGCGUCGGCGCCAGCAUUCGAAAGGCACAUGUCCAUGAUCAAGGAGCGUUAUGGUGAUCAAGUCAUCAUAAACCUUCUUGGCUCGAAAGAAGGAGAAACAAUGCUUACACAAAUGUUUCAGCACCACUUGAAGGCAUCUCGGCGCAAAACAUCCAUGGUGUCGUUUGAUUAUCAUGCACUAUGUCGCGGCGGCCGACAAGACAAUCUGAUUCACCUCAAGAACCAGAUUUCGCCGCACCUGACCAGUUUUGGCUGCUUUUACUUUGAUGGCAGCAAUAUCAUCAUGCGACAGACUGGAACAUUCCGCACAAAUUGCCUCGACUGCCUUGACAGAACAAAUUGUGUGCAGACAUUUAUUGGCCUUGAGGUUCUGGGCAGCCAAAUAGCCUGUCUGGGUCUUCAGGACAAGCAGCAAGUGGUGUCCAGGUUCGUGGAAGUCUUUCGCCAGAUGUGGGUCCAGAACGGUGACCAGGUCAGCAAGAUCUAUGCUGGCACUGGUGCCUUGGAAGGAAAAUCUAAGCUGAAGGACGGCUCCCGGUCGAUGGUACGCACCAUCCAGAACAACCUGCUGGACAGCAGCAAGCAGGAGGCCAUUGACGUGCUGGUCCUGGGCAGCGCUAUGUGCAGCGAGCUGGCCGACAGGGCAAGGGCCCUACUGCCCACUGCCAUGCUGCACCUGCCCCCCAGUGUACUGAGGGCCAUGUGCAGCCGGCAGCUGGAAUACACCAUUCCCCUGAAGGUCCGCAUAACAGUGGCCACAUGGAAUGUGAAUGGGGGGAAGCACUUCAACAGCGUUGUCUUCCGCAACCACCCCAUGUCGGACUGGCUCGUCGACAAUAGCUCUGUUGGCGGAGGAUGUGCCCUCGUCGAUGUCAGCCACCAAGUGGACUUGACGGCCACAGACAUUUACGCCAUCGGCUUUCAGGAAAUAGUUGACCUGAAUGCGCAGAACAUUGUUAAUGCGAGCUCUUCCAGCCAGAAGGAGUGGAUGGUGGAACUCCAGAAGACCAUCAGCCAGAAGCAUAAAUAUGUGCUGCUCACGUCCGCGCAGCUGGUUGGAGUCUGCCUUUUCAUCUUCGUGCGGCCUGAGCAUGCCUCCUACAUCAGGGACGUGGCAGUGGACACGGUGAAGACAGGCCUGGGCGGAGCAGCAGGAAACAAGGGUGGUGUGGCCAUCCGCUUCCUCUUCCACAGCACCUCGUUGUGUUUUGUGUGCGCCCAUUUCGCAGCAGGACAGUCUAAAGUGUCCGAACGAAAUGCAGACUAUGCCGAGAUUACACGCAAGGUCACCUUCCCCAUGGGGAGGACAUUGAAUUCCCACGACUACGUCUUCUGGUGCGGGGACUUCAACUACCGGAUGGACUUGGAGAAUGAAGAAGUCAAGGACCUGGUCAAGCAGGGCAACUGGCCAGAGCUGCUCAAGCAUGACCAGCUAAGAGUGCAGCAGCAGCAGGGGCAGGUGUUCAAGAACUUUAUAGAAGGGGAGAUCAACUUUGCGCCUACUUACAAGUAUGACCUCUUCUCGGAUGACUAUGACACAAGUGAAAAGUGCCGGGUCCCAGCCUGGACAGACCGGAUACUGUACCGCAGACGGCGACUACUUUCAGAGACAGAGGACCCUUUCUGGAGCCCCGGACGCAUCGCGCAUUACGGUAGAGCUGAACUCAAAACGUCUGAUCACAGGCCCGUGGUGGCCGACAUUGACAUCGAGGUUUCUCAGGUGGAUGAAGCAGUUCGAGAACAGACUUUCCGAGAGGUUGUGGAGCUUAUGGGACCACCAGACGGUACCGUGGUGGUGCACCUCGAAGAAGAAGGGGCCACAUUUGAAGACACAUUCCUUGGAGCGCUUAUUCAGGCGUUCGCAACAGUGGGAGAAGUUAUCCUGAUCAGGUACGUGGCUGACAUGCUUUGGGUGACAUUCCUGGAAGGCCAGAGCGCGCUAGCAGCCACGCACCUUUCAGGAACACAGGUGGACGGCCAGCGCAUAGUGGUGACCCUGAAGACCACCAACUGGGCACAGGCGGUGGAGCACGAACUGAAGCUGUGCUGCAACAACACGGUCCCUCUGGCGGAGCCCUCCAGCAGAGAUGCCGAGGAGGAUGCGGCACCGCUGGACGGAAACGAUGCCGCACCCGAUGAAUGGUCAAACGACUACGAGUGCCACUCGCAGUCUUCCUCUGGCAAAAGCAGCCCUUCAUUCUCCGGUGAAGUGGGGUUUGCCCCUGAGGAGUCGGCCGUCCCGCCCCCCGUGCCGGGCCGGUCAACGCCGACCAUGAACCCACCGGGUAGGCCUCCACCUCCGCAGAGACCACCGCCCCCGCAGAGGCCGCCACUUCCCCAGCGGCCACCUCCCCCGCCCGAGCCAGAGGUCAAAGCUGGCGUGCAGGAACAGGCUACAUCUGCUGCUCCCCCAAGGCGAGUCCCCCCACCACGACCGGUGCCGCCACCUAUACGGCCUCCGCCGCCUGCUACGGCUCCUGAGGCGUCUGCUUCGGCUGGUCCGCCACCGGACACACCUCCUCCCCCGCCUCCGCCACCCAGAGUGGAUUCUUUCGAGAAGAGUCCGCCGGACACUGCCAAGAAUGGCAUUGGAGGCGCAGAAGAGGAAGAAGAAGCACCCUCGUCCCCCUGGCAGACCCUGCCUCCUGCCCCGCCUCCACCCACUCACCCUUCCGCUGGAGAUGAACUCCACAGUCAGCAGCAUCCCGUGCUCCCAUCAGCCCCACCUGCCUUCUCGCAGGUCCCACCCUCUCACACACAUCCUGCUCCUUCGGCCCCACCUCCCUUCGGCCCACCAACCUCUGCACCCCCAGCUCCCCCUACGCAGUCAGCUCAUCCCAGCCAACAACCUUUGCCACCCGCCCCAUUGCAGGCCCCGCCUCCUGUGCCACAGGCCGCGCCCCAUGCCCCACCCCCUACGGCUGACAGCGUGGUUUCUCCCCCGCACAUGGCUCCACCCGUGGGGCCACCCCCGAGUUUGCCACCAGCCCCGCCAAUACCGUCGAGGCCAAAGGUCAUGGCACCCGUUAACAUGCAGGCUGCCGAUACAAAGCCUCCGCCCAUUCCUGCUAGGUCAAAGGCCGGCCCACCGGUGUUCACCAGGCCUAACAACUGAAGCUUCUGAAGGCGCCGCGUUCAUUACACUGAUGACAAGAAUUUGCGCCUAGGGGGAAGCAUUGCAGAAAGCAUUCCAGUUGUGGCUCUAGUUGCAACAGAACAUCGUUAAUGCAUAUGCGGUGGAAAUUCAGGGAAAGUGCAUGCAGAUGAUAGAACAUACUGGGAAAGAUGUGAUAGUGUCAACAGGUUUGUCGAUGCUGCCACAUCUAAGCUGGGGCUGCUAUUUAGACGGGUGCGUAUUAAUAAUUGAGAUUCUGCUGCACGGCACAACCUGCCUGAUGCAAAUGACCUGUCGUGCUCCUCGAGUAAUGCAGGAGCUUAUUCCUAGCGCUAAUAGUGAAGGAAUCUUCACCAGCCAGUCGAGACCAAAAGUUCUUCAUAACCAUUACUGGUAUCUGCGGGAAAGCUAACCAAGCCAAGUAUUUAUAACUCUGAGCCAUUACUCAUGCAGGGCUGUAAGCGUUGACAACUUGGUGGUUUGUUGUACUAGUACUAUUCUGCUCUAAUUUACUGCUUUAUGUGCACGGACACACAUACAACCUUUGUUAUAUCAAUAAGGUCCUUGUUUCUCAUUAUGCUACUCCUUAGUACUCACUGGCCACAUUCUCUGGAUAGAAUUCCGUGUCAGCCAUUCGUAGCUGUCGAUGGUGAUUACAUGUUUGCAUAUUUGCAAUCUGUGAGCGUGCUUCUCAGCCUACCCUAGUUUUGUGUGCUGCUGUGUCUCUAGUCAUACCGACAUACCUUUAUUUAAAUAGGAACAGUCUGUGGACAUAUAUGUGGGAGUCUCCUCUUAGAAACCUAGAUGCUCCUUAGUGGGUGUCCCUUCUCGUGCGAGAACUUGCCCUCUACUUUUCUUUAUGUUAAUAUUUAUAUUUUCUCAUCGAAUUAUGCACAGUCAUCUGAAAUCUGAGCGUGAUGUUUUUUAUUGUUGCCUUAAUAUUCUCGGAUAUAUUUUAUUGCAGUAAAUGGAGUGCAUUAUCUCAGUGUGUUGCAAAAUGAUCCAUCAGUGGACUUUGUUAGCACAUAAACAAAAAAUGCACAACUUUUUCUUUUUUUGUGUUGCAUGUUUUACUGUGUCGUGGUCUUUACUUUUUUACUCUAGCUUUUUAAUGCAGAUGUUUCCGACUUAAUGUGAAAAAUACUUAGACCUAUCUUUAACUCAUGCCGUGUCUGCAUAGGUAAUAAACUGCGGCUUGCCUUAAGUUAACUCCUAGCUGCCCAUUGCUGCUGAGUCAGUGAACUUGUCUUGUUGACUGCUGCUGUUUGUUUUGUCUUUAAAGCAGCUAGUUGCUUCUUGCUGUCUUUUGUCUGAUGCAAAACCAAGGGACAAACGUCAAUGUUCCCAAGAACAGCAUCUCUAACAUAGUCUCUCACGGUUAUCUACCUGGAAAUCGGUGCUGUAGGCCUUCAGCCGCCAUGAGGAAGCUGGAAUGUGUUGGCUUUGGAUUGACAUCUGUCUGAGAACCCCACGUCAGAUGCAAUGAGUGACCGGAGUCUUGUCUGUCAUUACGAUUUAAUGCACUUUCAGGUGGCAUAGAAAGCACUUUUACUUUUAGUAGUGUGUGGUGAAACAGUGCUUAUAGAAUAUUAGGGUACCUAAGCUGAGGUGUGUAUUAUUAGGACAUUGACAACAUGGGACACUACAUUUAUACAAAGGACAUUAUGUGAGUACAUAGUAUGUGGCAGGUGCAACUAAUGACUUGGCUGAUGUUUGCUUGUUAAGGGUUUAUCAUGCCAAAACGACAUAAAGGACUUUAAUUACGGUGAUGUGAAAAAAACAUUUAAUUACACAACUACCCAUGCUAAUACUUAGUCAUUAAAUGCGGGAAAUGCUGUAGAUGGGCUUCGCUAAAUCUGGAGAGAAGCAAAUUUCCUGCACCUUCUUUUCUGGUAAUGUUAUCCUUGCAGUUGCAUCUUUUUCUUUUUGACUUAUUGUACUAGUGAGCCGCCUUUGUAAGGCUGUGCAGCAAAGUGUAGAAACGGUAGACGGGUUGCACUACUUAAAUUGUGGGUUGUAGUGUGGUGUUUAUCACACUUCCAGCUGACAUAUUACAGUUACAUCACUCUGAGACUCCUGGAUGUUAUUACAACCACUACACCCUUUGACUACACACUAAAGUGUGUAGGCCAUAAGGGACCCUUUUUGGUUGGGGGUUGUACUGUGGGUUGUAACCAUAAAAAAAGUAGGCACAGAAUUUCCUUCUGGGCGUUACAAUCACGGCACCCUAAAGCAGGUAGCCAGAGCCUGCAAUUUGUGAGAUGUAGUGCGGUGUUGAUGGGAUAUCUAGCUUACAUUUAUAUUUGCAGCACUUCGAGGUUUUGAUGAACAUUGCAACCACCACAUUCCUUCAUUACACCCUUAAGGGUGUAGGCCAAAGGCUACACUGUUUAGGUUGUGGGGUCUAGUGACGGCGCUGCAUUUCUUUCUAGGUAACCGUAAGAAGCCCUAUGGCCUCUAGUCUUUCGAAGGCAGGAAAAUCCUGUCAGGUGGUGUAUACGUAGUGGUUGUUAUUGGUGGCGUCCUCUGAUCAUUAGCUUGCAGCAAUCACAAAUACUCGAUGUCUGCCACUUAUUGAAUGUCACAUGUGUGCGGUCCCUGUCCUGUUGUGCGUGGCAGCGGGCAAUAAUAUAUACAAUGUGUAAUAUACUUCAGCCCCUUGUGUACACCACAUACACGCUAAGCGCUUUAUGUAAAUUGUGCAUUUCAGUGACGCUUCCUCCGCCAUUUGCAUAUGGGGUGUGGUGGUGUAAAAGAGUUUAUUUAAUUACAAAAUUCCCAGAGUCACACACUUCCUUUCUUCUUUUCCUUCCUGGCUGCUGGGCCACCGGAGGUUGCUGUUGCCGAAUAAAAUGUACUUUAUAUUUUA